AUGGAUUGGGGAGUGCGAGAAAGCCUUCCAGGAAUUGAAGAAACAUCUGGGGCACCCUCUUUUGUCAAUGUCUGUCCAGGGCGAGCCGCUGCUGCUAUAUUUAUCGAUGGGUCCUCAAAUGAAAAGGGGGCAGGAGCUAGGGUCUUUGCUCGAAAGUCCCAAAGGAAACCCAAAGCCGCAGUCAAAUUCAGGUUUGCCGCCUCCAACAAUAAGGCUGAGUACAAGGCAUUGCUCAUAUGGAUCCACCUCGUUAAGAAAACAGGGGCUGAGUCCAUUAAGAUUUAUAGCAACUCCCAACUCAUAGUCCAUCAGAUUACCGAGGAAUAUCAAGCAAAAAAGGACAAAAUGGCAUCCUAUCUCCGACAAGUAAAAUCCGAGCUUGAGCAGCUCAAGUCCUUUAUUAUUCUUCAAAUCCCAAAGGAAAAGAAUUCAGUGGCCAACGCUCUAGCUCACCUAGCAUCUGCAAUGAGCCAAGAGAAGAUUGAUUUGAUACUUAUUAAAUUCCUCCCAAGUCCAAACAUCCUCGCUCCACAGGAACUAGUCUUAGUAACAGGGUAA